AUGGCGCGCCAGGUGGCCGUGGCAGCGGCCUUGCUCUGCUUCGUGUCAACAGUGGCACUUUCAGCAGCGGACGAUUUGCCGAAGAGCAGCAGGCCCGUUCCCAAAAACGUGACGGUCGGCGAAGCGGAGAAACCCAGCACAAUGCUCAGCAGCAGCUCGAAGGGUCUCGGCGC